AUGUUACCCCAGCUGUCGGGAAUUCCGGACUCGCCGUUGCAACCGUUCACCUUUUGGCCCGCCGUGCGACAAAAGUUUGGAGAUUUCUACACCAUGGAUUUCCUGGUCUGGGGAACCCCAGCUGGGACCGGAAUGGAAACGAGUCCGUCAGUUUAUGCAGAAGGACUUGCUCCAGGAAUGAUCCAGGUGGCACAGCUCGCAAGUGAAGGGGCCCCGGCCAGCGCUGAAGACUUGAAUGCCUACGUUAAACGAUGUGCCUUCGAUAUGUUCUGCUCCAUCAUGUUUGGCCAACUGACACAAGUGGCAGACCCUUCCACUCCCACAGAACCGGAGAACCAGCAGUUUGUCGCUGGUGCUUCGAGUGUUUUGUCCCUCAGCGUGGAAAUACUGCUGGAUCCCAAAGAGAUUUUGAUGAAUUAUCUUGGAAUGGAGUCGGCCAAAAGUCAGAGAACUUUUGAAGCCUUUGAUGUUUGCUGGGAGAUUGCCCAAAAGAAGAUUGCCUCCUUUGAGGCCAGAAAGAUCGAAAACCAGCUGACGGAUCUUGAGCAAAACUCCUAUCUAGCACGGGCAUUGGACCGCCAAAAGGAGCCCGACGGUGGCGUGAGUGUCAGAGAGGCUCAUGAGGUGGUGUUUGCAGUGGCCAGUUUCUUUCCUGCCGUCGACUCCACUUCCGCCGUUCUGGCGUUGAACAUGUUUCACGUGGCAAGGGAACCACAAGUGCAGGAGAAGCUCUUCUUGGAACUGAAGAAUUCUGUGGAGACGGCUGGUAGCAAAGAUGGUGGCCUCACUGUCGAGGCCCUCUCGAGGCAGAUUGUUCCCUACCUCCAUGCAGUGAUUCGGGAGACACAACGACUCUCGCCAACAUCCGCUCUGUACCUUGUCAAGCAGAUUGACACGGAUGGCAUUGUGGCUCAUGGAACUCCGCUGAGCAAAGGCGACGUUGUGUCUCUGGAAGGCUUCUCGAUUGGCAUGGAUCCGCAGUUCGUAGAAAACCCGGACGAGUUCCGUCCAGACCGGUGGUUGCCCGAGGCUGUAGCAUCGCGCAAAGGAACGCCAAGUGAGAUCAUAGAUCACCCCUUCUUGAAAGAGCCUUUCAGCCAGGGGGCGAGAAAAUGCCCGGGGUCUCGGGUGGCCGCUAAUGAAAUUCAAGUCAUGCUAUCGCAGCUUGUCUUGGACUGGAAGAUGACCUCCCCUAUUGCUUCUUUCGACGAGACUACCUAUUCUAUGUGUUCUGCAGUAGAAGUGAUCUUUCCUCAAUUGACGUUUGAAGCCAGAGUCUAG